UGUUUGUCACAAUUUGGGUGGGGAUAUAUUUUAAUUUUCAUAGUUGAAGUUUGCUGCUCAAAAUUGAAGAUUAAGUUUGCAUCAAGGGAAUUAUCGUGAAUUUCACACCCCCAAAGUAAAAGAGGAUGUAUGCUUUGCUUGAUCUUUGGGAUUUCCAAAUCUUCAACUCAUGGAACCCUAAUUUUAUUUUAAUUCUUUGCUUCAUCCAUGCACAUUCUGUAGAUACCAUCUUCUCGAUUUUUCUUCUACUCCAGAUAUUCUCCAUUACUCUAUCUUUGCUAUACUCGUAUUUAUUAUUCAAUUAUCUUCAAAUGGGAUCGUUUCAGAAUUUGCCAUUUUCAGAAAUUGUUUUAAAUUGGAUUACUUGUUUAAUACCACUAUUCAAUUUUAAUGGCCGAAGAAGAUUCCAGUUUCGAGUUGACUCCCACUUGGAUAAUUGCAGCUGUUUGCUUCAUUAUCGUUCUCAUUUCCCUUAUUGCUGAACGAGGCCUUCAUCGUCUAGGCAAGUGCUUAAAGAGUAACGGUCAAGAAUCAUUAUUUAGUGCCUUGCAAAAGAUUAAAGAAGAGUUGAUGCUGUUGGGAUUUAUUUCUCUACUUCUUACAGUCUUUCAAGGAUUUAUCAAAGACAUAUGCAUUCCUAAACAUCUUACAUACUAUAUGCUACCUUGCAAGAGAGAAAAUGUUGGCCAUGAAGGAGGCACCCAUAAAGAUUAUGCUUUUCAAACUUCAUGGAAUAAAAGACGACUGCUUGCUGAGGGUAGUAAUCGGUGUGCAGAAAAGGGACAGGCUCAAUUUUUAUCAUUAGAAGCGUUGCAUCAUUUGCACAUCUUUAUUUUUGUCUUGGCACUUGUAUAUGUUGUCUUCUGUGCAGCGACCAUGAUUCUUGGAGGUCUGAAGGUACGAAGAUGGAAACAUUGGGAGGAUGCAAUACAACAUGAGAUUGCAAAAUCAGAAACUGAAUCAAAUAGAUUGAAUAAGAUUCAAUCUCGGCAUCGGUAUGAGUUCAUCAAGCAACGCAGAGGAUAUUCAACCAUCAUAGGUUUUGUUAUAUCAUUUGUCAAACAAUUUUAUGGCUCUGUCACUAAGUCGGACUACUUUACCUUGCGGCAUGGAUUUCUUAUGACUCACUGCCCGGCAAAUUUCCGUUAUAAUUUUCACAAGUAUAUGCUACGAACUUUAGAAUAUGAUUUCAAGAAAGUUGUUGGCAUUAGUUGGUACUUAUGGCUAUUUGUUGUGCUCUUUCUGUUGAUCAACCUUAAAGGGCUACAUAUAUAUUUCUGGUUGUCAUUUCUACCGCUCAUUCUUCUUCUUGUCGUGGGUGCCAAACUGGAACAUAUUAUAAUAUGUUUGGCUGAAGAAAUUGAGGAAAAAAAGGAGAAUAAGGUCCAGAGCAGUCCAGAGAUGGGUCCGAAAAAACCUUGGGUGAAGCCAUCUGAUAAGCACUUUUGGUUUGGACGUCCCAGUUUAUUUCUGUACUUGAUCCACUUCAUUUUGUUUCAGAAUUCAUUUGAGAUUGCAUUCUUCUUGUGGGUCUUGUGCACUUUUGGUAUCCAUUCCUGCAUCCUUGACAAAGUGGGCUUCAUUGUCACCAAAAUUGUUAUCGGGUUGUUAGUCCAAGUGAUGUGCAGUUACAGUACCUUGCCUUUGUACACUAUUGUUACCCAGAUGGGAAGCGCGUUCAAGGAAGGAAUUUUCACCGAAAAUGUCCAAGCAAUCUUGAACGUAUGGAGUAAAGAUGCCCAAGAACACGGAAGGGGAUCAUCUACCUCGAACAGAUUUCAGAUGCAGAAUAUGGCUCCAGAACUACGGGAAAUUGUUUCUCAAGAGACGGAUUUCGGCGUAGAACGUAAUACACCAUAGCAUGACAGAAAGCUGAUACAUCUUAUUAGCUUUUAAACAGGGAUUGCAAGACCCAACCUCAGACCACCUUUUUUCUACCCAUUUUUGUAGUUCAUAAAAUCCCUUCAUGUGACAACCAUAAUCAAAGCUAAAAAAUGUAUUUUAAUUGCUGUGAAUUUUACAUCACAA